AUGACAUCCAUCAUUUCCAAAAUGGUUUUGACAGCAGGCCCACGGGCCAUGCUCGCCCGCCGAUCCCUGCAGGCCGCACCGAUCGUCGCCUCACAGGCAGCCCACGCGAGGAGAGCUUUUCACCAGACACAAAACCUUCGUCAAGCUCGCAUUCCCUCUCUCCCCGAGUUCAGUCUACAAGACCGCGUCAUCGUGGUUUCUGGUGCCGCCCGUGGCCUCGGCCUCACACAAGCCGAGGCACUCCUCGAGGCGGGCGCCGUCGUGCACGCCAUCGACCGCCUGCCGGAGCCCGAUAAGGAUAGCGAUUUUGCACGAGUGGCCAAACGGGCGACCGAUGAAUUGAACUCUCGCCUGGUAUACCACCGUGUCGACGUGCGAGAACAGGCAGCGCUGGGCGAGAUCAUUGGGGGCAUCGCGGAGAAGGAAGGCGGUAUCAAUGGGCUGAUCGCGGCCGCGGGGAUCCAGCAGGAGACCCCGGCGCUUGAGUACACAGCUGAGGAUGCGGACCGCAUGCUCAGCGUCAAUGUCACCGGUGCAUUCAUGACGGCACAGGCUGUCGCGCGAGAGAUGGUCAAGCGCAAGCAAAAGGGUAGCUUGGUCAUGAUUGCCAGCAUGAGCGGAACCGUCGCGAACCGCGGCUUGAUUUGCCCGGCAUACAACGCAUCCAAAGCAGCGGUUAUCCAACUCGGUCGCAACCUCGCGUCAGAAUGGGGAGAGCACGGCAUCCGCGUCAACACCAUCUCCCCCGGUUACAUCGUCACAGCCAUGACCGCCGGCCUCUUUGAAGCGUUCCCGGAGAGGCGAACAUCGUGGCCCGAUGCAAACAUGCUCAAGCGUCUGAGCUAUCCUGAAGAGUACCGCGGCGCAGCCGUGUUCCUACUCAGCGAUGCUAGUAGUUUUAUGACCGGCGCCGACUUGCGGAUCGACGGUGGCCACUGUGCCUGGUAA